CGCCCUGCUCUUUCCGCAGACGACGUACACUUCCCGGAACUUACCCCCAGCUGCCUGACAACGUAGCCCUCAACUUCUUCUCUCACAUCUCGCCAAGAAAUGGGAAAGCAAUUUACUUCGCUCAAGAUGUCUCCAGACCCAGCCAUAAAAAGCUCCUCAGCGCCAGCGCGUCCUAAACCCUUCACCAGAUACCUGAUUGAUCCCAAAGGCGAUACUAUAAUCGUACUUCAAAACCCGGGUGUCCAUCGUGUCAUCGGAGAUAAAACCUGGCCUCAGGCAAAUCCUCCUCAGGCAAAACCCCCCCAAACAAAUCCUUUUCGGGCGAGUCCUUUUCUGGCGAACCCUACUCGGUCAAACCCUCCCCAAGCGAGUCCUUCUCAGGCGAGUCCUUUUCUGGCGAACCCCCCUCAGGCAAACCCUCCUCAGACGAAUCCUCCUCAGGCGAAUCCUCCCCAAGCGAAUCCUUUUAGUCCUUUUGUGGCGAAUCCCUUUCCGCAGCCGACAGUUCCAUCACUUACAAGCCAGACACAAAACACGGCUCCCGCUGCGCCCAAGCCAAAGCCAACCAGGGUCGAGUUUCUCGUCUCCUCAAAACACCUUACACUAGCAUCCAAGUACUUUGAAACCAUGCUUGAGGGGCCCUGGUCGGAGUCGACCGCCACAACCUCUCCGCACCGAGUUAUCAAUGCUUCAGAAUGGUGCCCAGAUGCUUUCCUCUUGGUACUAUGUGGAAUCCAUGGUCAAGCGAGACAGGUCUCUCGGGGGCCCCUGAUUGCGAUACAAGCUCGAGUUGCUGCGAUCUGCGAUUACUAUUAAUGCACGGAUACAAUGAGUAUCUAUGCAGACUUUUGGGAGGCCAACCGGCUUGCACUUAAAGAACCCCAUCUGGUUUUAGCAGCCAGCACACACAUCUUACUGUUCAUUCGAGCUGCAAUUUCUGGCCACGCUCAAUCUCUGUCGCAAUUCACUCAGUGGUACGCCUCGUACGGCCGUGGCCCCCUUGACGAUCUGAAAGUACCCAUUGCGCAAAGCACCUUACGUGAGUCUUGCACAUUCUUUCGCACUUCUUGCUGACGAUUUCACUAGAAAAGGUCCAACGCUUUCGAGAAAUGCGUCUACAAGAAAUAUUCGACGCCAUUUACAGGACUUUAGAGCUGAUCUCUUCUCCUAAUACAGUGGGAAGCCCUUGCUCAAGAGUCUGUGUUGAAAGAACAAUGGGACAACUCUGCCUACCCUUGGCACGCACAAACUUGCUGCAUCAAAAGCCCCAGUCCCCCUUUCUUGGCCACUCUGUCAAACAGCUCUCUGAU